AUGUCAAGCACUGAAUUCAAGAAAAGUAAAUCAAUCAUUCAGUCAGGUCAACAUGUGUUGAUUCGUCUACCAUCAGAAGGUUUAAGAAUAGUACAUUUACAAGAUACAGGGGUCAUAGGUUUAGGAAAAUUUGGACAAUUCGAGGUGUCAAAUAUCUUGGGAUACCCAUUAGGUACUUCUUUUGAAAUAUUGGAAGAUCAAAAAGUGAAACCAAUUAAAAGUAUUUCAACUUUGGAUUUGCAAGAUUCAGAUGAAAGUACUCAGCGUCAAGAAUUAACAAAGAUUUUUAGUAAUAGUGCGGAGAAUAAUCAAAACAUUAUUGACAUUGGUGGGAAGAUUCAAAAGUUAUCAAAAUCUGAUAUUGAUGAGUUAAAGAAACUGGGAGCAGGAUCCAGUAUUGGUCAACUAAUUAUUGAGAAAAUUAUUGCUGGUCAUGAAGGAUUUGAUAAAAAAACCAUAUUCUCCCAACAAAAAUAUUUGAAAAGAAAACAACAGAAAUUUUUGAGACGUUUUACAGUUGAUUACCUCGGUGGAAGUGAGUUGUUAGAAUACUACAUUGAAAAAGAUUUAUCUAAAGUAUUGGAUCUUAGCAUUGAAAGUUUAGGCUUAAUUUUGACAUAUGCUAAUGUGAGACCAGGUGGUAAAUAUCUUGUUAUCGAUGAAACUGGUGGGAUUUUGACUUAUGCCAUGAUGGAAAGAAUGAAUUGUGAGGGUACUAUUGUUUCUAUCCAUGAAAAUGAACAUCCAAACUUGAUCUCCUUGAAAUAUGCUGAUUACAGUGAUGAAACCGAAUCUAAAGUCAUCAAGAAUAUCAACUGGUUGCAAUUCCUUGAGCCGGAAAAUGAAAGAAUUCAAUGGACAGAUAUGACUGAAGAAGAACUUAAAGCUGUUAAAAAUAAACCUCAGUAUUUUAAACGUCGUGAGCGUGCAUUGCAAAUCAACGGAGUUAUUGAUAUGGUUGUAAACGGUAAUUUUGAUGCUUUAAUAACAGUUUCCACUUUACAUAUUCCAGGAAUUUUGGACCAUGUUCUUCCAAAGAUUGGUGGUUCCAGACCUGUUGUUAUUUAUAACCAAUACAAAGAAACCUUAUUGGAAAUCCAACAACAUCUUGGGCCAGAUAAGAGAGUAUUAGCACCAGCUAUCUAUGAAACCAGGGUAAGACCAUAUCAAACCAUUCCAGGAAGAAUGCAUCCAGUUAUGUCAAAUAGAGGUGGCGGUGGUUACAUCUUGUGGGGUACUAGAGUUAUACCUCAUCAUGAAAUUACUGCUGUUGGUAAAGGGUUUGCCAAAAGAAGAAAGACUGAAACUUCUACUGUUGAGGGUGACGAAACUCCAGAAGUCGAAUCUGAAAGUAUUCAAGAUACUCCAGCUGAAACCACGCCAGAAAUUGUAAGUACUUAG